UGACUCACCUUAUUGAAUAAAAGGUGUUUUAGUUGAAACUUUCGCGUCAGCACAGGAACUUAGAACACUCUUCCGCGCUGACCAGCAAAACAUUCUCCGGUUCCUCGCGAUUAAAGUCGCGUUGUUGGUGAGCGUACGCCGGUGAAACAAGAACUCCGCGCAAUCGCUGUGACUCAUCGCCACUUUCACUCGUAUAUAUAGAACAAGUUCCUCACUUGCUGGCAACAUUACAGCGCUUCUCGAGUUCGUUCUUCAAAGAGCUUCAGUCCAGUUCUCUUUUGGAAGAGUUCUUUUCUUGAAGUUUCUUUCGAGAAUGACGAUGAUGGCUGCAGCAAUGAGCUCGGGUCGAUCAAUCAACACGCGGUCGUGGCCGAUAGGCGAUGUUGGCGACGCUCGGCGAGGUCGUCCCAUGUCCUGGAGGACGACAACGCGUGCGGUGAAUGGAAACGCUGUCUUGGCUCCCGAGAGAUUUCCUGGCUCUGGCUCGCUGCUCGAGCGCUCGAGCUACUGCCCUCGAAGGAACGUGGAGAGUUUCAGUAUCAGAAGCUACGAAGUGGGAGAAAAUCGCAAAAUUUCAAUUGCAACUCUUGCUAAUCUUCUCCAGGAGGUGGCUUGCAAUCACGCUCGUAAUAACGGCUUCUCUGUGGACGGCUUCGCGACCACUCUGUCAAUGAGGAAGUAUGGAUUGAUAUGGGUUAUCACACGGAUCCAGAUAGAAGUCGAGGAGUAUCCUAAAUGGGGAGACAACAUCGAGAUUGAUUCAUGGUUCCAGUUCCAAGGCAAAAACGGUACUAGACGGGACUGGAGAGUGACAAACACGAGAACCGGAAAAGUGAUCGCAAGAGCUACGAGCACUUUUGCUCUGAUGAACCAGCAGACUCGUCGCUUGGCUCGAAUCAAUGACGACGUUCGGAACGAGUUUUGCCUUUACGUCUUGCAUCCUCCAAGUUGGGUUUUCGUGGACGACGCUGUCACUAAGCCAAUCUCCAAGCUCAGCGAGUACCAGCACGUCAAAGAGAACUUAAAACCCUCUCUUGCGGACUUAGACAUGAACCAACACGUAAACAACGCAACUUACAUGAACUGGAUACUCGAGAGCUUGCCCCGGGAAGUUUACAGCAAGAACGAGCUCCACUCAAUGACGCUCGAGUUUAGAUGCGAGUGCAAACGAGAAAACACGAUCAAUGCCUGUUCCAGCCUCGAGAUCAAUGACACGAACGACGAAUCAAGCUCCACUUUCACGCACCUCUUAUAUCUGGUUGGUAGCAACAAAGAAGUGAGCAGGAGUCGAACAACGUGGAGAAAACCAAGCUUUUAAAAAAUUGAUAAAUUCUUGUUCAGUUCAGUUGAAGAAUUUUGGCUUUAGCAAAAUCCUCAUUGAAGACUAGAUGUUUGGGUUAUUCGAAAGACAGGCUAUACCAGCAAGUGCAAGACUAUCCUAAACCAGCAAGAGCAAGAUGAGGCAUUUAAUAGUUUUUAAGUUUAAUAUAUAUUUAUAGUAUUUUAUUUAUAUUUAUAAAA